CUGAACUUGGAGACUAUGAUCCUGCAGAACAUGUCCCCGAACUGGUGUCUGAGUUCAGGUUUGUUCCCACUCAGACUGAGGAGAUGGAGCUGGCCAUUUUUGAGAAGUGGAAGGAGUGCAGGGGGCAAACACCAGCACAGGCUGAAACUAACUACUUAAACAAAGCUAAGUGGCUGGAAAUGUAUGGUGUAGACAUGCACAUAGUCAAGGCAAGAGAUGGCAAUGAUUACAGCCUGGGACUGACACCUACGGGAGUUCUUGUCUUUGAAGGAGACACAAAGAUUGGUUUGUUUUUCUGGCCAAAGAUAACAAGACUUGACUUCAAGAAGAACAAACUCACUCUAGUUGUUGUUGAGGAUGACGAACAGGGAAAGGAGCAGGAGCACACUUUUGUCUUUAGACUGGAUCAUCCCAAAGCCUGCAAACACUUGUGGAAAUGUGCAGUGGAGCAUCAUGCCUUCUUCCGGCUCCGAGGUCCCGUCCAAAAAAACUCAAGUCGGUCAGGCUUCAUUCGGCUAGGAUCCCGGUUCCGAUACAGUGGCAAAACAGAAUAUCAAACCACCAAGACCAACAAAGCCAGGAGAUCAGCAUCCUUUGAAAGGAGGCCCAGCAAGAGAUAUUCAAGACGAACACUACAAAUGAAAGCACAUUCAGCUCGACUUGAAGAAACAAGUACUGCAAACAAUGCUGUUAUCAACCAAACCAAUGGAUCUCAAAGCUGGAAUGCAAAACCAAACCUACCUGUCCUAACAGUGGUUCCUUCUGCCCCAGUCUUAGUGGAAAUAGAAAACCUCCCAAGGAGCCCAGGAGCCAGCCAGCAGGACAAGAAGUGCAUCCCCCUUGUUGAUUUGCUAGACAGCACAGAGUUGCCAGAGACUUGUGUCGACGAUGCCGUAGCCCAUCCAGUUGUUGGCUUGGCAACAGCAGGUUUGGAAGAGGCUGUUGGUUGCCCUCAUCCUGGCACAAAGGAAGCUGCUGCUGAAAAAGCAGACUCUGAUCCAUUUGAAGACACCUUCCUAAAACUGAAACAGCUGGAGGCAGAGCACAGCAGCCCUGUGCCAACUGAGCGUCCCAAUGUGAACAUAAACAUACAGGAUGAAGUGGUGAAGUUGACAGAUAAAUGUCUUAACAAUGCAAUUGAGAGCCCAAUCACAACAGCAACGUGGCUUCCAGCAGAUAUCAAAAGCAAUAUCCUGAAGGCCCAGGCAGAAGUGGGGCACAAGGUCGUAAGAGAAGACAGCCUGACAGGUGUCAAGAAUUCCAAUAUUCAGGAUGCUGCUGCGAGGAACAUUUUCCCAUCAGGUAAAACACAGAGUAGUCCCCCAGCAAACGCUCCAGUAUUUCAAGACCCAAGAGAGCCGCUGAAAGCAGCCCCUGCUUCCAACACCUUCAUUCCUAAUGCGUUAAAGGAGGACAACACUGCCUCUAACCACGAGGACCUGCUGAUUCCAGCUGGUCUGGCUCCAGCUGAGGAGGCUGCUGUUUCGAAGAGCACUCCAGAUGACCAGGACGUUUCCUUAACAUCAUUGACAGAGAAUCUAAUUGACUUUACAGAAGCCACACCUCGGGUGUCUUCCCAGCCCACGAUAACACCGAGGUGGAUUGUGCCAACUGGACUGAUUUCCAAUGGGCCUUUGGGAAAUGAUGUUGCCUUAGGUAUGAGGGCAGUGAAAGGCAGCACGGAGCCUCUGUUGUCAUUGGCUGAAUUGCCACCACCCCAGCAGACAUCCGAAGUCCUCGCAAGCCCAGUCACUGAGGAUGCUACAAUAAGAACAAAAUGUUUACUCACCACUGAGCUCUAG